AUGCCUAGACCAGAUUCCUUCUCCAUCACCCUUUUCCCCUCCCCCGAGAAAGGCGAGACCAAGCAACCAAUACGACGACGACCACCACCUACUAAUCGCCGCCGGAGUGCUUCACGUGUGCUGCAGCUGGUAGCCGGCCACUGCCCCUCGGAGAUUCUGGACAGGGCGGUUCUCAACAUCAUCGACUACGCAUACACGGCGCUGCUCGAGAUCGCGCCGCCCGAGGGCAGCCAGCGCGUCGUCGAGGUCAGCGCGCCCGUCGACCCCGCCGACCCAUACUCGCCUCUGGUCCACGUCGACGCCAGCUCCAUGCACUGCCGCAUCCGCCUUCCCUACAGCCGCCCCCUCCCCCUCGCAGGAGGACCAAACGGGCGCACGUGCAUCGAGCAGAUCAAGAAUCACCCCGGUCCCUCCCGCGCGAGUCUCAGCGUCUCGCCGGCGGCGGUCCACCUGCAGGCCCGCGUCGUCGGCGCCGGGGACCGGAAAGUCCGAUGGAGGUUCGUGGACUCCCGGCCGGACGCGUCGUCCGAGGGACUGCUCACGGUGCUGCGGACGAUCGGGUCGCUCCUGGAGGAAGCGAUCUCGCGGGAGACCACACUGCUUGAGAUGGUGAGGGCGAGCGGCUUUGGCAGGAGCCCCAAGGUCGACGGGAUCGUCACGGUGCGCACGGCUUUGGAGGAGAUGAGAGGGGUGCUGGACGUCGACGCGAUGAUCACGCACCGGAGGCGCCAGAAGCGCUGCCGCCGUGUCCGAGAGAUCAGCUGCCCGCCGACGGCCGAGAUGGCGGCGGAUGCCGAGAUGCUGACCGAUAGGAUGAGAACACUGCACGUGUAUGAGGUGCAAGAUGAUGCAGAGGUGCUGGCCAAGAGGCUGAGGACAUUGCGCGUAUGA